AUGGGUUCAUCUCUAUGGGUCUCUGGAAACUUGUUUGUGACCAUUUUAUUAGAUUUUCGAUCUGAAUUGAAAAUUCAAUAUCUUGAUAUUUUCACCUUUGAUCAUAUCUCCUAUGCAAUCCGACAAUUAAGUAAUAUGACUCAACAAGCUCGUGCUGCUUUUCAAUAUGCUACAUUAAAUGUCUUUCAAAUGUCAUCGAGACAACAACAAGGUCAAGCAUUAUCUAAUACUUCCUUGUCAUCAAAUGUAAUUGCUUUCGCUCAAUUGCAAGCAAUGCAGCAACAAAAGUCAUCAUCAAUUCAUCGUACUAGUGGUUCUUUACGUACAACACCUUGA